UGUAAUACAUGUAUGCUUCCUGAUUUGGUUUCCUGUUAAAUUCUUUGUUGGUGACAUCGGACUAUGUAAUGCAGAGCCGCAUAUGAGAAGUCAGUUUUCUGCGAUAUGUUUCAUUUAGGGGAAACGGGUUGGAGGGACUGCAGUUUGUGCCACAAGCCUCUCCACUGUGGAUGCGUAGCCUCUAGGUCUUUAUAUGAGUGCCUGGAUUACGGGGGUGUAGGGUGCAUUGGCUGUGCAAACCGUUCUCAACCUCGUGUGGGUGUGUUGAACUUAAUUUUAGCCGGAACUUGCCUGCAGAGUAGAGAACAUUGUGUGUGCUCUGGAUCCUGGCUGCAAGGAGCAGCUGCCACAGUUACCACCAAAAAUACGGUGAAAGGUCAUAGUAUUGAUUUAGUCUUGGAGAGUGAGUGACUUAAAUGUUAUUUACUGCAUCUUAUGGCUGCUACCUUUUUCUGAUUGUUAUUGUCGCCUGCAUGAAACUUGUUCUAUUUCAGGGUAUUCAAGCGUGCAUCACGAAUAAAUGCAAACAGGCUUGAUCUUGGUGGGAGAUUUAGAGUGGCAAAGGGGGAUGCUGGGUGUAAAGAGUCUGUCUACUGGUGAAACAAGGGAUCAAACUUGGUGGUUGUACUGUUUUCUUUUUAGGUAGGCUC